CCCGCAUCAUAAUGCCCCUCCAUCAACAGCUCACACUCUUUCACAUAUAAUUAUCUAGCCUCCUUCAAGCGUGUUCAUAUAUAGUCGCCACACCACCCAUCUAAUAUAUCAAUCAUGCCCGGACGGCUCGAAGGAAAGGUUGCCAUUGUGACGGGCGCCGGAUCAGGCUUUGGCUACGGCAUCGCAAAGAAGUUCGUCGAGGAAGGCGCCAAUGUCAUCGUCGCGGAGGUGUCGCAGCAAAGCGGAGAGAAAGCGGCAGCCGAGCUGAACUGCAAGUUCGUCCUCACCGAUGUGACGAGGCGGGAGUCCUGGCAGGCAUUGCUGCAAGCAACUCUGGAUGCAUAUGGGAAACUCGACAUUAUCGUCAAUAAUGCUGGUGCGACCUAUAGCAAUAAGCCCACCGUUCAGGUCACCGAUGCGGAUUUUGACCUGUGCAUGAAUGUCAAUAUCAAAUCGAUCUAUCUGUCCACGAGUGUCAUAGUGCCGUACUUCCUUCAGAAUACCCGACCCGGGUCGUUUAUCCAGAUCUCAUCGACGGCUGCACUGCGUCCUCGUCCAGGCUUGACGUGGUAUAAUGCUUCAAAAGCAGCUGUAAGCAAUGCAACCAAGACGAUGGCUGUCGAGUAUGGGCCCAAGCAGAUUCGUUUUAAUUGUGUCUGUCCUGUCGUUGGUAGUACAGGGAUGACACACUUAUUCCUUGGUAAGCCAGAUACAGAAGAAAACCGAGCGGCUUUUGUUUCAACUGUGCCGCUGGGUCGGCCCAGUACUCCUCGGGAUGUUGCGAAUACAUGUUGCUUUCUGGCGAGCGACGAAGCGGAAUUCAUCACGGGCGUGAACUUGGAGGUGGACGGCGGUCGUUGUGUUUAGUCCAUAUAUUUGGCUGGCGACUGAGCUAUGACUCUCCCUUAGAUAAUAUUCAUGGGCCGGAAGUCAUUUGCUCGCUCUCCUCUGAAGGUAAUGACAGACAGCAAUAGCUAGGCUGUCUUCGCAGUGAUCAUGUUCGAGAUGAAAGUGUGCACAUAUAGGCCUUGUGGUCAAGUGUCACUCGGCAGAAUCUCACUCGGGACAUUAGUGAUCAAAGGAGGAGAAAGUAAAAGUAGCAUGGGGACAAGCCAUGGCAUAUAAAUCUAUAGUUAUAUAUAUAUAUAUAUAUAUCAGUCUCUGGACCAUAUGGAUUAAUGAACGGUGC